UCACACCGCAAAAACCAGUGGAAUUUGGAAACCUGCUCGCAGUCGCCACUCUCUCUCUCUCUCUCAGCAUUCGUGGUGCGAGAAAAUGGGGCUAAGCGAUAAUUCCAUAACCAGACGGAGGAACAAAAGGAUCAAUAGAAAGGCGGAAAGUAAAAGGGAUGCCUCGUCAAAGGUCUCCAGCCGCGUCGCUGCCUUCAUCGCCGCCAAGAAGCGCCGUCAAUCCGGCAAGCGCCGCCAGUGCCAGGGUAUGUGCUUCAGCCUUCCUUCUCUUGAGGACCCUUUCAAUGAAAGAAAGGGGAAACCCGAACCCAUGGGGAAACGGAAGAGGGAUUCGAAAGAAGAUUGGAAGCUAAAGGAUAAGAAAUCUUCUAGGUUGAAGAAGGAAUUUGUCAAAGGAAAUGAUCAACGUGGAUGUCUUCCCGGGAACAAAACGGAGAAGUCUCAGAUCGUGGAGAAGGGAAAGAUAGCAUUGCAUUCGUGUAUUAAGUUUAUGGGGUCGGAGAUUGCAACCAAUCUGGGGAAACCGACUCACCAGAUUAUUAAGAGGGAAGGGUCCAAAGGCUCUUGGGAAGAAAUUGUCUCGGACAAUGUUUCUGGGAGCCCGUCAAAGUUUUUGCUCAUGUGUUUGAACAUGAUACAGGAUGCAAUGCACAAUGGAGCAGCCUUAAGUGAUGAAAAGGACGAACCUCUAUUUGCUAGUGCUUGGGGACUUGAUUUUUGGAAUUGUUACUCUACUGGAAUAGAUGUGCUGGAGGCCAGUGGAAUUGACUCGAAAAGGGAGCAAAUUUCUUGGAUCGCAUCGACUGCUGCUGAUAUCAUUUCAAUGAAGGAGAAAGAGGGUGUAUCGUUUACUGGUCCUUUCCUUUUAUAUUUAGUGCCAUCUCAAGAUAAAGCGUCCGAGGUACGCGGAGUCUGGAAGCCGUUGAAAUGGCUUGGCGUACAUACAGUGAGUUUGCAUUCAGGUGCUUCCAUAGACCAUCAAAUAGACGGUUUAAACAAUUGUGAACCAGAGUUUCUCGUCUCCACCCCCGAUAGACUUUUGGAAGUUGUUGCAUUAGAGGCCGUUGACAUAUCUGGAGUUUCCUUGCUGGUUGUCGAUGGAUUGGAAUCCCCUUCUAGUGGUGCCUACUUCGACGCAGUCAAAGCCGUAAGGCAACACAUCACGGGAAGUCUUAGAACAGUUGUCUUCUCCGACUGCAUGAAUAUUUCAUCCGAUAGCUGAAUCAGUCGGCAACUGAAACGCCAUACGGGUUUAUUCGUGAGUGAAAUUUUGUAAUGUUUUUUUUGUUCUCCGGUGCAUCGGAAUAUAGCUUCGAUAUUAUUUGGGUGCAGUGAUAUUGCAUUAGGCUUUCUUGCAUCAAUUAGAAAUGUAGGAGUUGGUUUCACUUAGAAAAAAGGCUGCAUUUUUGUACGUCAUGAGAGAGAAUACAAUUCACACAAUGAGAACUGCAAUUCAUGUUUUAUGCAGUUGAAUUUUUGCAA